ACAACAAGUGAAAACCGUUCGCUUUAUCACAUCCCGCUUGUGCAGAUUUUUGCUUGUGCCAGUUGUGACUUGGCAUCUGCUCUUUGCGCUUACUUUGAAGCUGCAACUCCUGAAAUGACUGAAAAGCUUCCUGUGAACCUGAUUGGUGAAUGGAAAGAAUUCUUUUCUGAAGGAAUUCAUAAUUUACUGUUACCUUUGUUGGUGAAGGUCACAGGAGAAACCAAAAAUGCAUCUGAAGGCUCCUUUCAGAACUCUGUGUUAACGUCUUUGGGUGAAGCUCUAACAUACAUCUCGAAGGACCAGUUGUUAAACCAUAAACUGCCAGCGAAGUUUGUUGCAGGCCAGAAAACAAAUCUUCCAGACAAACUCCAGACCCUACUAAAUACAUUGUCUCCAUUGUUGCUUUUCCGGGCUAGACCUGUGCAGAUUUCUGCCUACCAUAUGUUGUACAAAUUGAUGCCUGAAUUGCCUGAAUUUGAUGAUGAAGAUCUCAAAUCUUAUGGUGAUGAGGAGGAAGAAUCAGCAUUAUCACCUCCAGCAGCUCUUAUGUCUGUCCUGGCCACUCAAGAACUCCUGCUAGAAAACAUCCUGGAGUGCAUUCCAGUUGGAGAAUUUGCAGUUAUUCAGCCCCUGAGCGAUGAGUUCUGCCUUGUUCUAGGGUAUCUCCUCACUUGGAAGUUAACAUUAGCUUUCUUCAAAGCAGCUUCUUCUCAGCUGCGAGUUCUCUACUCACAAUACCUUAGAAGAACUAAAAGCUUGAAUAAACUGCUUUAUCACUUGUUCAGGCUAAUGCCUGAAAACCCUGUCUUUUCUGGGCCAACUUCAGAAGUUCCAAAUAAGGACACAAAAACCUUCUUUACUGAAGAGCUUCACUUAGAUGUUAAAGGGACAGGAGUGCUGUCAUCCCAGAUUCCACACUUGGCCUGCUCUGUGUACCAUAUAACGCUGAAAGACUUGCCAGCCAUGGUCAGGCUUUGGUGGAACAGCUGUGAGAAACGUGUCUUCAAUGUUGUAGAUAAAUUUACAAGCAAAUAUGUCAGCAGCGUGCUUUCUUCACAGGAAAUAUCUUCUGUUCAGACUAGCACACAGUUAUUUAAUGGCAUGACGGUAAAGGCUCGAUCUGCUGCACGGGAAGUCAUUGCUACCUAUUCAGUUGAUGAUAUAUUUAUUGAACUAAUAAUACAGCUUCCAUCAAAUUACCCACUGGGUUCCAUAACAGUUGAGAGUGGAAAGAGGGUUGGUGUGGCUGUACAGCAGUGGCGCAAUUGGAUGCUACAGUUAAGCACGUAUCUUACACAUCAGAAUGGAAGUAUCAUGGAAGGCUUAUCUUUGUGGAAAAAUAAUGUGGAUAAACGUUUUGAGGGUGUUGAAGAUUGCAUGAUAUGUUUUUCGGUCAUUCAUGGUUCCAACUAUUCUCUUCCCAAAAAAGCUUGCAGAACAUGCAAGAAAAAGUUUCAUUCAGCUUGCUUGUACAAAUGGUUCACAUCCAGCAACAAAUCCACCUGUCCACUCUGUCGAGAGACAUUUUUCUGAAAACAGCCUUUCCUCUUUCUGUGAGCUAAGUAAUACAUGAAGAGAAGACAAUAA